UAUUUGACAUUCGAUAAAUGUCAAUUUUCAAGCGAAUAAAAAUAAUAUUUUCACAACAAAAUCAUAAAUUUAAAUUAUACCUUGUAAUGUAAAGUUUGAUGUAAAGUUUAGAAUUUAAAUAGAUAUUUUAUAUCAGGAAGGAAUCAUGGAUUUAUCGGAUAAUGAAGAGCUAUCAGAAGAUAUAAACGAAUUAGAAGGCUGGACUAAGCAAGAAAAAUUUAAUUUAUUGCAAGCAAUUAAAGAAAAUGGGUCACAGUAUAUACAGUUGAUUAGUAAUUUUAUUCCAACAAAAAGUGAGGAGGAAAUAAAAAUGGCUAUAAGUUAUUAUAAGAAAAAAGCUUUAGAGCAUCCUACAACAUGGAUCCAAAAAAAUAUUCGUAGAGCAAAUAAUCUACCAGUGAUACCUUUAAGUGUAUGGGCCAAAAAUAUAAUAGAUACACAUAGCUUUGAAAGUCUUGGUACUGAGACUGCAGCUGCUCUACGUUUAAUAGCCCAAUACGAAGAUAGACCUGCAUCUGUUUGUACAGCCAAUAUAGAUUUCAAAAAAGCGUAUACUAUACUCGCCGAUGCCUUAGAAGGUAAAACUAUACCACACGACCAUUAUAUAUUGCCUGUUUUUGAAAAAUGUAUUCUUGAAACGGCACUUACCAGCAAAGCAUACAUGAAAAGUAGUGCAUACAAACAAGUUAUACAGUCAAUCAAUAAUAACACUCAAGAGGUCAACUUGUUUAAAGUGCCUGAUGAUGACAAUGAACUUAUUGCUUUGCGGCAUUUAGCAUGUCAAAUAAGUUAUAAUCCAUUAAAUAUACCUGAAAAAUAUUUAAAAUCUUCUGUGUAUAGUUAAAUGGAAGUUAUUUUAAAUUUAAAGAAAGAAUGUUUUUAAGACAAACAAAUAAUUUGUUCUCAUACAAAUUGCAUGCAGUUUAAUAAAAAAAAUCAAGAGUUCAGCCACUCAAUAAACUUAUUAAAUAUUUUCA